AUGCCCUCAACCUCUGCUCCUGCUACUACAACGACGUUGCGAGACAUCUUCAUUCGCCAUGGACUUCCCGAGCAACUGGUGACCGACAAUGGGCCACAGUUCACCAGUCAAGCAUUCAAGGAGUUCCUGCAACAGCAUGGCAUUCAGCACAUCCUAACGCCACCGUACCACCCGAAGUCCAAUGGUCAGGCCGAAAACUUUGUGCGAACUCUUAAGAACGCACCGCGGAGAGGAGGAACCGGGAAAGAGGCAAUACAGAGUUUCCUCCUACAGUAUCCAAUCACUCCACACGUAACAACGGGAAAGUCUCCGUGUAUGCUCCUUGUAGGCAGGCAGCUGAGGUCAGUCCUCGAUCUCUCGGUCAGUCUCGACCUGGACAACCAACCAACACGAUUGGGCUUGGAACCGGGCAUGGCGGGUGCAAGGAGUAAGCAGAACUACUACUCUGAUCGUAACUCACGGCAAGGAAGUUUCACUGUCGGAGACUCAUUAUUGGUUGCCGGUGCUUUAGACAAGCAUCAUUGGAUCAAGGGAAACGUAGUCCGGCGAAUUGGCAAAGUUGUUUACGAAGUUCGAUCACCUGACAAUCGCCUAUGUAGGGCUCACGCUGAUCAUAUGAAGAUCCGAGUAGCGACAGUACCGUCCCGGGCCAACGUUCUGCUACCGUGGCCAGAAGCAGUCACAACGGCCACGCCGGAACAAGUCCAGAAAUAG